GCUAAAAUCUGUCAAAAAAAACAUAACAUUCUAAUUUGCUCUAAAAAAACUGUAGUAGUCACGUUCCAAACCAACGUCGACACACUGCCACAGUGCCACCACCGGCCAACUCUUCACCCAACGCCACCACCGCACCGCGCCUCCUAACUCGAUUAAUUGACGGCGUUGUGAGGUUUGAUCACACUUGCUGUUUAAAGACCAUGUUCAUGCUGUGUUGGUGACCAUAAAUUACAACAUAUACCUCUUCCCAGGAAACAAUGAUCGAUUCUAUGGUUUCCUUAAACCCUCCCAAUACCCUCCGUACAAAAAUUCCACUCAACAAUUUCCUCUCCCCAUUAGCGUUUACGUCUACAACCAGAAUCACUUUCAGAUCAAACAACUUCCGAAACUUAACGAUUCUGGCUUCCACAAUGCGAAAAGAAAGCGAACCACAACCUUCUUUUGGAGACACUCUCGUCAACAACACUCGGAAACACCAAGUUCUUGAUGUCGUCACGACUUCCCUCUCUAAUUGCCUCUCUGAAACUAACUUGCAUUUUACAGUUCCUGCUCUCAAAUCGAAAACUCGCGGCAAAGUUCGAGAUAUUUAUGAUAGCGAGGAUUAUCUUGUUUUAGUGACCACUGAUCGCCAGAGUGCCUUCGAUAGGGUUCUUGCUUCCAUUCCCUUCAAAGGCCAGGUUCUUAAUGAAACAAGUUUGUGGUGGUUUGAGAGAACUAAGCACAUAGUUUCUAAUGCAGUUGUGUCGGCUCCAGAUAAAAAUGUUACAAUUGCGAAGAAAUGUUCAGUUUUUCCUGUUGAGUUUGUUGCUAGAGGGUUUGUUACUGGAAGUACCGAUACAUCUUUAUGGACAGUCUACAAUAAAGGCAUCCGUAACUACUGUGGAAAUGUUCUACCAGAUGGGAUGGUUAAAAAUCAAAAGUUGGCUAAAAAUAUACUCACUCCAACUACCAAGGCUGCAGAUCAUGAUGUACCAGUCACUCCAGAUGAGAUUAUAGAAAAGGGACUGAUGACUCAAGCUGAUUAUGAAGAAGCGAGUGAAAAAGCAUUAAGGCUAUUUGAAUAUGGACAGCAAGUGGCCUUGGAACAUGGACUUAUAUUGGUAGAUACCAAGUAUGAAUUUGGGAAGGCAAAUGAUGGAUCAAUUCUGUUGAUUGAUGAGGUUCAUACUCCUGAUUCAAGUAGAUAUUGGAUUGCCAAUUCUUACUUGGAGCACAUUCAAAAUGGUCUUGAGCCUGAAAAUGUUGAUAAGGAGUUCUUGAGGUUGUGGUUCAAAAGUCACUGCAACCCUUAUGAAGAUGAGGUCCUUCCUGAUGCUCCUGAAGAUCUUGUUUGUGAAUUGGCUUGGCGGUACAUUUUCUUAUACGAGACUAUAACAAAAUCGAAGUUUGAGGUGCAAUUGACUGAGGAGCCAAUACAUGACCGAAUAUCUCGAAAUGUUGCUUCUGCACUAGCAUCCUUAAAGUAGCACACAUGAACUAUGUGUUUGGAUUCACUGUUAGAGAAUGGCAGAAUCAUGUUGAGCCACCGCAAUUUUGGCAUUAGAUACACUUUAGAGCUUCAAAAAAAUCAGUGAUACGGUGAUUUUUCACUUUCACCGCUCAUCCAAACAUACAAAUAUGUGAUGUAAUGUUUUCGUCAAAUGAGAUUUUAACCAAAUAAAUGGGAAGGAUUCUGAAAUUCUUCUUGAAAGUAUACAUGCCCUAUUGGGUGUCUUAAAUGCAACAAUGAGUCAGUUUAAGAGUAUGAUUCAAUCUGCAUUUGUUGGUGGAGCCCUUGAAUGGUGUUGCAGGAGUUUCAAACCAAGGUAUAUGAAUGUAAUAUCAACAAAUUAACUUAUAAAAAGAUCCUUUUGGACGAACUUAUUUGAGUUUAUCAUAAUAAAUAUUUCACUUUUUAAAUUCA